ACAGUGUUCCUCAAUGUCAGCCCCUCCAAACAGGACUAGGCCUAUGUUGGUAGAACCUCAAAGACAAGCAAGACCACCUGCGAUUAGUCCUGCUCUUAAAAAUCAUAAGUGGUUCCCUUCUCCAAAAAAAGCUAUCGGAAAGGUUCGUACAGUGGCUCAAGAACUUCAUGCCACAUCUGUAGUGACUUCAGAUAAAGUUGUCUCGAUGCUAGAAGGUAUUAGGCUUGAAAAAAAAAAACAAGAACAAGCAAAAGAGGAGAGAAAAACGAAGCGCUUAGUUGCUGAAUUAGCUAAACGCAACAAGCCAAGUGUUCCAGCUAAAAGAAGAGAUUUAUUGGAUUCCAAUAUUAAUGAGUAUAACAAAAGGGUGUGA